AUGGACCCGCCGCCGGCGAGGCGCGCGGCGUCCAAGCGGCGGGACCGUCGACGGCGCAGCCGGCAGCGGCAGCGGGCAGCCGCAGCUGCAGCCACGGCAACGGGGAUCAGUGCGGCCGUGCUGGCCGUGGAGCCGCAGAACGCAGCGGCCACAGCCCCGGUGGCUCCGGCAGGCGCUGCUGCCACGCCGGCGACGAGGGGCAGGAACCGGCGGAGGUCUCGGAGACGGCGUGAUCGGAGUGCCCGCGCGGCUGCGGCGGCGGACGAAGCACCGGCUGCGUCCCCCGUUUCAGAUGCCAUUUCAACUCAAGAAGGUUCUGCCCCGCAAGCAAGUUGGAAUUUGGAAGCAAUGGCAGCACAUCUGAGAGAUAAUGUGCUGCAAACUACAACUGAGAAGAUAACGAGCUUAGAUAAAACAAGAAAGAUAAAUUUUCAGGCUGGAAAUAAGGUGCUAAAAGAUUCUGCGGCUGAUGGUGCUGCCUGCGCUUCUCUUGCCUGCCGUGAACAUUCUGUCAGAGAAAAUGAAGCCUCAAGGAGCAAGAUAUUCAAGAGAUCCGAUGUAAGAUUCCCGAUUGAUAGUUGCACUGCACAAGGAACUGAUAUGGAUUAUCACAAGAUGAAGAGUGCCGAUUUGCCAGGGAACCUGGAAGAAGUAUACCAGAAAAGAACAUGUCCUGGCCACCUCUCUUUGCAGAAGUCGGAAGAAUAUAGGGAAAAUGAAAAUGUACCUUCUCUCAACUCCAGCAGUUUACAGGAGGGAAAAAAGAGAAGGAAAAAAAGAGGCGGGAAAAGGCAUAAUCGUCGCAAGAAAGCUACAUCACAGGAUUCUCCAGCACCAACUGCUGCUGAUAAUUCUGGUUUGACGACGUUCCUUUCUGAGAACUGUGCUUCAGGUCUUAAACCAGAGGAACAGAGGAAAAAGCAAGAUCAGAGCAAGGCACGCAUGACUAACUUAGUUUUAGUCAACAAUGCAAAGAGAUCAGAACCAUUUGGUGUGAAUUUGGAAGGCGCUAUUGAAAAGAGCUGUGAACUGGGAACGAAUAGUUUGGACAGCACCUUUGAAAAUAGGUAUGAGCUGGCUAAGAGUAAUUUGGACUGCACAAAUAUGGUAAGAAAUGGAUUGCAAGAGCAAGAUUUAGCAUGUUCUUCAAACAGUCGCAAUGUUAACUACCUGAGCCCCUCCCAUUUGGCUGUGGAAUAUAUGGAAAAGCUCAAACUUGUCUUUUCACCGGGAAAGUCCUUAGGGUUUCCGAAGAAAAAGCUUCUCAUCUUAGAUCUUAAUGGUUUACUUGUGGAUAUCAACGAAGACUACCACAAUGCUCACAUGGCUGAUGCCAAGGUUCGAAGAAAAUUAGUCUUCCGAAGGCCUUACUGUGAUGAUUUUCUCAACUUUUGCGCCCUGAAUUUUGAGCUAGGCAUAUGGUCCUCAAGAAAAAAAGAAAAUGUUGAUUCACUUGUUAAUAUUGUUAUGAGCGAAUUCAAACCGUGCCUACUGUUUUGUUGGGACUUGUCUAAAUGCACAUUCACUGGACACAAAACACUGGAGAACAAGCACAAACCAUUGGUGCUGAAGGAAUUGAGAAAACUAUGGAACAUGGAAGAACCAGAUCUUCCAUGGGAAGAGGGGGACUAUUCACCUUCAAAUACAUUACUAGUGGAUGAUUCUCCUUACAAAGCUCUGCGCAAUCCUGUAUUUGUCCAACCUCUCCUAUAUGCCAAGCUUUUCAACGUUCACUUAUACUGA